AUGGAUUAUCCCAAGGGAAAGAAUCUAGUGUCGACUGAUAUGCAGACAGGAAAGGUAACUAAAGAGAAAGGAAAAAGGAAACAAGGUGCGCAGGUUGGAAACCCCAUAAUGCAAGCUAAGGAAAGAGGGUCUGGCUUUAGAAAGGAUAUAGAUAAUUUGAGGCAACCAAAUUUGACUGUCAAGAAUAAAGGGGUAUGGAUUCAGCAGAAUAAGGGAGGAGAAUUGAAAGAUUUUACUACCAAAAGUGGUAGCAAUAACACCGAAAUUAAUGCGGAUGGGUCUUUGGAAAUCGAAAAAGAAAAUAGUUCAGACCACGUUUGGCGUAAUAGCUCAUUCGAGAAUGGGGAAUUAUUGACAUAUCGGGAGAAGAGGGAGAGAAGGAAGUGGAUAACGAAGUAA